AUGUCCAACGCAACUUAUGCAAGUAUCGCAAGUAAGAGAAUAGCGCAAAGUCUUUCUGUAGGUUUAGAGAAUACAGAAGAUGAAGUUGUAUUAAGUGAUACAAAAAAUGAUUCCCAGAGCAUGAUUACAGGUGAUGAUGACACCAUUUCAAAUGAUGAAACUACAGUGCCUAGUAAUUUAGCAUCAGCGAAAUCUGAAGUACCUAUUAAAGAUCUUAAACGGCAUCAGUUGCAUCAUGUGAAUUUAAAGGAUGCAAACGCUGUAACCACCAAUUUUCAAAUAUGUGACAGUGAUCAUAUAGAGGUGACUACAACUUCGUUAUCACCUGGUAAUAUUAAAAACUCUGAGAAAAUUGUUACGGAAUUGGAUACAAGCAUUUCUGACAACACUGCUAAGCCUCAUUCUUAUAUCGCUUUCUCCAACGAACAGAGUGAGGAAGAUAGUGAUCAAACAUCGCAUGCAAGACGAAUUUCCGACGAAAUUGAGCCUCAUUCUUCAUAUGAUAACAACCCUACAGCCUCGACAAAGUUAAAUUUAGGAACAGCUGGCAGCAGCGCAACAGUUAGGGAUAACGUUCAAAUCAGUACGGCGACAUCGAAGCCAUUUAGUAAACAGUCAUCUCGCUCUCCUCGCCGUGUCUAUAGUAUGCAAGAGAAAAUUAAUUCUCGGAUGCAUAAUGAAAUCCGCAACAGGUUGUCAAGGACUGCAACAGAAACUAAUUUAUUACUGGAUAACAAUGACGAUCGUUCUAGAGAGAUCAAUCAAGAUCGAAUCAAUUCCGGAACUCUCCCCGGCCUAGGCCUAGAAGUUAAAACCGCUUAUCCAUUAGGUAGAAAUAACAGAGGAUCGAAUGUUGCAAACAUCGAUAAGGUCAAUCCUCAAAUCUUUCAAUCUCCAAUCGAAAAUAAAACAUCUAUAGCUUCCGAUAACACUAUUCAUAGUAAAUUUCGACAAGCAUCUGCCCGCUUCAAAUCACUUAAAAAUAAUGGACAGAAAAUUUCCAAUGAAAAUGAUAGAAUAUCGACCAGCCAAGACUUAGUUGAUAACUCGGAUGAUAAUAAUUAUUCUUCAGAAGUUAGCAUUGGCCCUAAUGAUGAAGUGACGGAUAAACAUACUCUUAAGUUACUAUCCGUUCUGCAGGACGUUAAACAGCAUGAGAAUGACUACGAAAAGAAAAGAGAUGAAUUGAAGAAUUCUUUUUACGAAUUAAAAACAAAUUAUAAGAAAUGUGGAUUAGCAGUUGGAAUCGGUUUAACCAUGGCAACAACUAUUAUGUCUGCUGUCGGAUUUCCACCCUUAGCUUACUUCAAUGAACCAAUUCAAGCUACUGAAAGUGAAUUGCCGUCUCAGUAUUUAGAUAGUAAUUCUAUGUCAAGUAUCGAUAGUGAUUCCGAUGUUAAUAUCAAAAAACGACAGGAAAAUGAAUGGUCUAGAACUUCAAUUGAAGAUGAUGAAGAUAAUGUAAAUAAUAGGUUGAAAGUUAGGCCUAAACGAGGACGCACUAAUACUGGAUUAUUUGAAGGAAUAAAGGCAAAUUUAAAGAUGAGUAGCUCGGACGAGAUCAGUAACGGUCACAACACCAAGGAAAUAAUUUCGGAAUUUGACGAAUUUCCUUUCCUAUGUGACUCGUUACCUAGUACUUUCCCUGGGUUUGCACAAGAUAAAAGAACUCGGAUUGUGUUGGAACUCUAUGAAACUGAAUAUAAAUAUGUAGCUAUAUUAGAAACAUUAAUCGAGGUAUUUAAGAAACCAUUACUAGGUAUUUUAGAGCCUAAAGAGAUUAGUAUGAUUUUCGGCAAUAUCGAAAGUAUCUUCGACUUGAAUAUUGAAUUAUUAACCGAAUUACAAAAAUAUUUACUAUGUUGGUCAGAAGAUCAACAGAUUGGACUAUGCUUCUUGAAGAGGAUGCCCAGAUUUAUAAUUUAUAUCGACUAUUGUAAUAACUACGAUAAUGCGGAGGCCGCAUUUAAGCAAAAUCUAAGAAAGAAAAAGGACUUUGAAGAACUUCUUAAUGUAUGCUAUAAUCACUCUCGAUGUCAAAAAAGCUUACAACUUCCUUCUUACCUUAUAACACCGGUGCAACGUAUUCCAAGAUAUUUGUUGUUAUUUAAGGAUUUGAUCGAUAAAACUGAUGAAAGUCAUGCCGAUUACGAAGAUCUUAGUCAAGUUUUAUUAGAAAUGGAGGAACUUGCCGGGAUGAUCAAUACUAGUUUAAUGGAAGUACAAGGAAAGAAGGCUAUGGCCGGAAUUCAGUCAUCUGUAAUCGGCCUGCAGGCCUUUAAUAUUGAAAAUCGUACUUUAAUUAAAGAUGGAGAAUGCCUGUUAUUCAACGACUUGCUUAUUUUUGCCAUUCAUGGAUCAAAGAAAUUAAGUGCGGUUGAAUUAGUAUUCGAUCUUGAUGUUAUAUGGUUUGAAGAUCUCUGUGAUUUAGACCCUCAAACAACUAUUGAGGACGCCAUCGAAAUUUAUAACCCAGAGCGAAGUUUUACAAUGUAUACUAAAAGUAAAGAUGAAAAAAAGUUAUGGUUACAAGCUUUGAAUGAAGCUCUAAUUGCCCGAUUUUCUAAGCCUGCCGUAUUUCAGCUUAGUGGAAUGCCUCGCAUGAGGCCUGAUAUUAAAAAGAGAAAAGUGUUAUUCACGUAUAAAGAUGGCAGUACUUAUGAUGGCGAGUAUUGCGAAGGAAGGCGUCACGGUUACGGGGAAAUGACAUGGGCAAAUAAUUCGAAUUACAUUGGAUACUGGGUUGAUGAUCAAAGAGCAGGUCAUGGUGAAAUGAGUUUUAAUACACUAGAAAUAUACAAAGGUCACUGGAAGGAUGAUCAACCAGACGGAGAAGGGGCGUUAUAUUUUCCAUCAGGCACAGUGGCAACAGUCAAAUUUGGUAAUGGCGAUGUGUUCGAAGGAAUGUUUAUCAAAAACGAAUUUGAAGGUCAUGGUAAAUUGGUUUGUAAAGCCUUCGUAUAUAACGGUGAAUGGAAGAACUCGAAAUUUCAUGGUCAGGGCACUUUUGAAACGGCAGAGUAUAGUUAUGAAGGCAGCUGGCAUAUAGGACAAAAGCAAGGCAAAGGAAAAAUCAGAUACAGUAAUGGAGAGUGUUAUGAUGGCGAUUGGAAGUGCGAUAAGAAAUGGGGGCACGGUAUUACAACAUUCAGUAACGGUAACAAAUACGAUGGUGAGUACCAACAAAACCAUAUCUAUGGAUUAGGCAAAAUGGUAUAUGCUUCUGGUGAAAGCUAUGAUGGAGAAUGGGUCUACGAACAAUUUCAUGGUAUGGGAACCUAUAAAUAUCUAGAUGGUUCUGUAUAUUCCGGUUCAUGGCAAAACGGCUGUCGGUGUGGCGAUGGAAACUGGGUAGACGGCAAACGCUGUGGUGAAGGAACUGAAAUUUCAGUUAAUGGGACAUACAGUGGAUAUUGGAAAGAGAAUCUGCGUCAUGGAGAAGGCAUAGAACAAUGUGAGGGGAUUUAUUACGAAGGUUAUUGGAAUAUGGAUAAAAAAAUCGGCAAGGGAACACUAAGAUAUUCCGAGGUUGAUGAUGUUUUAGAAUCAUGGGUUAAUGGUGAAUCUGUUGAAUAUGAUGGUAAAACAGCCUUUUCGCUUCCGUAUUCCAACCCACGAUUGUUCGUAUUAUUCGAGGAAAAUAAAUUACAGAAGUUAACGAAAGAGGAAUACUGA